UAGAGCGCUAGUUCGAGCGAGCAACGCUGUCACGCCACGGCCAGUUUUUGUUGUUGCUGUGUGCGUGUGGCGUGCGUUUCGCUCUUUCAACCCGUCCCUUCAAAUACCGUCUAUUUCCCAAACGAGAUAAUGUUGUCUGAGAAAAAUACGCUACACUUUCGGCUGAAAUAGUGUAGCGACUCCCGACAAUUUAGCACCGCCUAAAUUUUCUUCCUAGGUCACCAUUAAGAUCUUGAGCAGUAGAUGCGCGCAGCUUUAGCUUCCGUUUGCACCUCUGAAGUCGGCUUUCCCGCUAAGUCAUGGCAGGCAGAUAGAAUGAAUUUGACACAUCUUCUAGUGACGAAUGCGGCGCGUAGAACAAUGCCGACACGCUAAGUAAACUCGUGAAAAACAACUUCACGGAGAUGUUCCAGUUGUUCGAAACGACGCGACUGCUGUCCCUGCCGUCAGCUCGCCGUCAUGACGGUGUUCGGGCGUCGGUGGUUUUAUCAACGUUUGCCGAGAACGCCGACUGGCAGAUCUUGGUCCUUGUCUGCAGCAGUGGGCAUGUGGUCCUGUACCUGCGGCACUUACAUGACCCCCGGCCUCGCUUCUGGAGCCUGCCGUGGUCAACACCACGAAGGCCGCAUCCGUUUGGUGAUGUGGUGGCGCUGUGCAUGGACCCUUUGGGCACCAAGGUUGUUCUCGCCACUGCUGGUAGCGCACUGCUUGUCUGGAACAUCGUGCCCUUCCUGGAAGAAAACACGUGUAGUUCGAACAGAAAUGUGGUGGACGACGCACAAUCGAUUCGUCUCUCCAGAGACCGAGGAAUGCCUACGUGCGUCUGCUGGUGGCAGACUCUGAAGGGAGUCCCAGUGGCUGUUGUUGGCACAGAGCUGGGAGAACUGCGCUUUGUAGACCUGCAGGGAAGGGGUCAGCUCGCUUCCACAGCCAUUGGCCAUGCCAUUGUGGACGUGCACGUCAUCAGCGCAGUUCGCAACAUCACGCACCUACUUGUGACUGACGUUGACCGGCAGCACUGGCACCUGCUUCUGGAGGACAAAGGAAGUGGUCAUGACUGGCUCCGGAUCGGUCACUCACCGGUUGCAACCACUGUUGGUGCGGCCACCAGUGGUGCUGCCACAUCUGAGUGGCGGCUGUGGUCAUCAGCGGACCGCGAAGAUUCCGCAGCAGGGCAAGACAAGAGUCCUCCCCAGCAACCUCGGCGCGUGUCCAAGCUUGGCCGGGACACGCUUGUGGACAAGCAGACAGUCCAGGGUCGCCAGUGCCUGCUUGUGCUGGAUGCAGCCUCGGGCCAACUUGAGCUCUAUGAUGGUGGGGAUGUGGCCCGGCGUGCAUCGUGUCUGUAUAGUGUGCCUGUUACGGGUGCACGCCAUGUGGUGCUGACAGACCAAUUGCUCAUUGUGGCUGCUGCUGGUGAGACCGGAUCGCCCGACACCCAGCUACACGUGUUCUCCAAAAGUGCCCUUGAUUUUGCCAGCAUCACCACAAAAAAGAAAGAGUGCAUCGACCCCGCCCUGCAGAGGUUCGUCAUUAAAGAGCCUGCUCUGGCCAUUUACCGUUGCUCAAGCCUACCUUUGGCACAAGGAUGCCCUGCGAGUGAAGACUUCAAGGGUACUGACGAGGUGCCGCUGACUUCUGAGACCUUUCUGGAUGGCUGCUUGGUGGUGACGCGUUAUGGCGUCUAUGCCUGCAAGUCCAAGUGUUCGGCGGAGCGCCUGUUCUUGGGCUUCACGGGUUCCCCCUCCACGCUACCCUUGGCAGAGCACCUGGGUGCCCUGCUGAACCUAGACAUGUUCUCCCUGUACGAGGCAGCAGCGGAGGCACAGCUCGUGCGUGGACAGUUUCCCCAGGCCGUGCGCCUCUACCAGUUGUCCAAGUGUCCUCAGCUGAAAAGGGUGGCCCACUUUGCGAGCCGGGGUUUCCUCUCGGAGCUGCUGGCCUACGUGCAAGUGCUGUUUGGCACGAGGGCCUCGGAGAUCCCCGUGCCCGACCGGGUUCACUUCGCCAACGUGGCUGCCCUGGGGUUCGUGCAGCAGGUGCUGAGCAAGCGCCAUGCCACGGCUGACCGCGAUGCCGUCCUCCAGGCAUUCAGGGAGUUCCUGCGGGAAAACCUGUACUACGAUGCGUCGGUCGUGAUGCGGAUGCUCUCGGAGCAACGCCUCUAUGAGCUGCUCUACCACUGUGCACAGCUGCGUGGUCAGCGGCGCCUGAUGGUGGAGCAGCUGGCGCACUUUGACCCUAGCCUGGCCCUGGACUCGACCACGUGCGCUACUCUUGCCAGCCGAGGUUACGGACACCUCCUCCAGCAGGCCACCCAUGAAUACUUCCCGGUGUGUGUGACGGACCCUGACCUGCUGUUGCCCCUGUCGUGCGACCUGUCGCUACUGGGCACACAUUUGCGGUUGCUGGCUGACUUGUUGCCGCGACUCGACCCCGACCUGGUGCAGCGGGUGGCCAGGAUGUACGACGCAUCACGGCCAGGUCCGGCUCUGGCCCUGCGACGGGUCCUCCUUGCAUCUUCAAGGCAGGGCCGCUACCCCGGUUCCUCUUCAUCUCUGUCAACGGAUUCACUGGAUUUGACGCAAUCGGACGAUGACACAGUCAACGAGGAAGACAUUGUCAAAUUCAUGAUCUUCGUACUCCUGAUGCUGAACCGGCGUCGGUCCAAGAACCGCGGCUAUGACGAGCAACUGCUGAAAACCGGCUUCUUCACACCCUCAGCACCAUCGAGCUUGAAACGCACCGCUGCUCAGGACUCUGAACGCUAUGUGGCUUCUGGCCAAUCCCAUUGUGGCCUGGUGGUUCGUGGCAAGGCCUACACCUGGGGUCGAGCUCAGUUCGGCAGAUUGGGCCACCGGGAGAGCCACAAGGAGAUCCUGGGUGUCACGUGUGUCGAGGUGCUCGACAACCUGCGGGUCAAGGUGUCGCAGGUGGCCUGCGGCACCCACCACACCCUCUUCAACACCGACGCAGGCGUGUUUUCUUGCGGUUCAUCGCGCUACGGCCAGCUGGGCCUGGGCGACCUGCAGAGAACCUGGGUGCCACAUCUGGUCGACACCCUCGCUGGCAAAGAAGUAAUCAAGGUGGCCGCGGGACUCUACCAUUCGCUGGCAGUCACCAAGGAUGGCAGCCUGUUCACCUGGGGCUGGGGAGUACAUGGCCAGCUCGGCCACGGCGGCUGUGCUGACGAGAGGCAGCCUCUAGAAGUGGCCAGCCUGGUCGACCACAAGGUCGUCGAUGCCUACGGAGGCUGCGGUCACUCGGUCGCCUUGACCUCCGAGGGUGUGGUGUUCACUUUUGGGUGCAACCUGUUUGGCCAACUGGGCCUGGGCCGGUCGCCCAAGAAGAGUAGCCCCCAGCGAGUCGACCUGGGCGAGCCCGUGCGCCUGCUCUGCUCGGGCUUCUUCCAAGUGCUGGCACUGCUGUCGUCGGGGCGUCUGCUGACGUGGGGAGCCAACCCGCAGAGCCUGCGGCUGCAGGCGCAGUCGUCGCGUCGCUCGCGCCUCCAGGCAGUGGUCGCACAGAACGAGCUGCUCUCCUCGCUCGCAGGGGGACCCCACGGGGGCAACCUGCGGCAUCCGGCCUCGGCAGCUGCCGCUGGAGCCCUCCCUACUGCCGGCGCCAGCCCCAGCCCCAUGGCGCAGGCCCUGCUCCAUGGCCACCAGCGCCACCUGUCGCCCACCGAGGUUGACCUGUCGGCAGUCCGGGGCCCCCUGGUGGGCAUGGCCUGCGGCUCCAACCACGCGCUCUUGCUCACCCGUGACGGGGAAAUCUUUGCCUGGGGCCGCAACACCGAGGGGCAGCUCGGACUGGGAAAUCGCAAGGACCAGAAAAGCCCGCAGCUGGUGUCGCACCUGUCCCAGCGCAGCAAGGUGGUGCAGGUGUCGUGCGGCCGAGACUUCAGCCUGGCCCUGGACACCCAGGGCAAGCUCUGGGCCUGGGGACAGAACGAUGGAGGACAGCUGGCGUGCAAGGUACCAACCGAGGAGAGCUCGGUGCGCCACCUGCGGGUGCUGUCGAGCCGCCUGAUCACCAUCCGCACCAGCCGCUGCCUCAUCACCAUUCCCCAGGGGCAACGCACGGGCGAGGUACGCCCCAUUGAGGUCACCGCCCUGCCUCCAGAGAUCACCCGGCCGCCCCCAGAAGACCUCGAGCAGUCGUUGCGACAAAAGGCCUUCCAGAAUGCAUACCUGAGCCGUUCUACACCUACCUUUGACCUGGGGUCUCUUGAUGAUCCACCCUAUGGACCUGUAGCCCUGCACACUGCCCUGGAGGCAUUCCGAGGCAGCUACGAUCCAACCUCUGUUGUCAACUACUGUCAACGCUUCUCGGACUUCCAGGCCGCUGCGAAGGUCUCGCUGCUCGAGGGACAGUUUGCCCAGGCCUUGCAGUACCAGUUCCAGGCUCUCAUGUUUGACCCUAAGGUGACCCGUGAGUUCCUGACGACAAAUGCAGUGGAGGCCGUCACCUACUACUUGGGGCUCAUUGACAAGGAGAACAGUGAAGCCAACUUUGGAUUUUUUGAAAACAUGGUGAGCUUUUGGCAAGAGGAAGAGCUUCCUGUGAAACCUCUGGAGAAACUGUUCCAGUCCCAUCUUCCAGACAUUGGCUACUCACUUGGCCUGGUCCUGUUCAGCAAUGAACGAGAGGUGGUGUCCCAGUUCGUGUCGCGCCUGUCAACCGGGCUGUGCUUGUCGCUGGCAGCUGCCAUGCGCGAACGGGUCACCUCAGGCCAUCCCCAUGGGGAGCUGAUUGGAGUGCUGCUCGAGAAGUCGGGCACGGCGGCCCUGGCCGCCCAGAUCCGCCUGGUGGACGAGAGUGCCGGAUGGGAGCCCGCUGUGCCCCCACAGCGCCUCUGGGAGCAGCUGGUGCGGAGCCUCGGACAUGGCAUCCGGCGCAAGGCAGCACUCAGGCUCUCGGCCCCCGAGGUGGCACGGCUGACGGAAACGUUGCUGGCCGAACAGGCCGCCAAGGCCAGCUCUUCCCCAACAGACAAAUUGGUCGGCAAUGCCCUGGUCUUCUCCUGCGGUCACAACACAACAGCCACGGCAUUCCACGAGACAGCCAUGCCAGAGCUGGAGGACUCCCUGCUGAGGCGGCUGCAGCGACCUCUGCCGCUGACGGCCAAGCUGCUUGCUCGCGGCUAUGCAAUGCCGGGAGUGAUUCCGUUUGCGUGCCCACGGUGUGUUGUCAACGAGAUACGUGCCAACUGGUGACUGGGCGUGAUGGUCUGACGGGAUGUUGCACCUUCUUACGAUGGUUCUCAGCUGAGCUAGUUGCCUUGGAGGAACAAACUAAACUCGGAGGGAGCAUUAUGUCAACCUUACGCAGCCAUUCCCUCCGCUUUUUCCCUUCCAGUAUCGGCCCAACACGUGGCCUUUGAGACACGGUGUAUUGGCCGAGAAUGUUUAGUUCCCGGUAGAUUUUAUUUGAUGUACAUUUGCUCAGCUGUUCUGCAGAGCGGGACUACUGCUCGGCUCCCUGACAUGAUGAUCACUUGUUGGGCUGAUACGUUCAACUUCAAUCACGUUGCACAAUGUUCUCUCCUAAUUCUUUAUUUUUUCUAUCCUAGUUGGCAUUGCACUUUCCGGAAAUUCAGCAAUGCAUAAUCUUAUUUUUUCAUGUUGUCAAAAUCAUUGUCCACUUAAUUUCAGGAAAGGUUUUAACUCUGUUUUGAUGAAGCUUGUUAAUACCUAAGGUCUGUGAGCCAAGGAAUGCAUCGAAAUAGUUUGCAUCCACUUAGCAUCAAAUAGUUGCCCCGUCAAAGACUAGUCCCCUUGUCGAAAUGUUGGCUUCAGUCUGACACAUCCCUUGUUGACAACUGUGGAUCACUUAGCAUUCCAAGCUCUGUCAUGUAAUGCAAAUCACACCAAAGAACUGGUUUGCAAAGCCGUUUAUGUGACCAGUGGCAUUCAGAUGUAUUUGUCAUAGACCAACAAAGAGCAUGAAACUCACUGAGAACCUAAGCCCACAAGUGACAACUGAUGGUUUUGUGGUGGCAUUUGUUUGGUAGCACCAUGCAUGCCUUCGUAUUUGGGCCCCAUAAGCAGAGAAAGAAAUUCUUGUUUUCUUGUUGGUAUUUUGUUUCGCCAAGAAAACAAGAUGCACGCUGAGUAAGUCGAAAAGGCCUGGUCAGGUGGCUUUCUGAACUUGCAAACUAUUAGCCAAGCAUCUUGAGCUGUGGUUGUGAGACUUGUGUUUGUAUGUGGUUUCAUAGUGUAAAUACCCUUGACCACAGUCACACUGUACUUUGUUGAUACUGACUGUGCUUCUGUGGUACAACGAAGGAAAUUACAUUCAGUGUCUCAGUAAGUGCGCAGAGGAUGCUGAGCUUUAUCUUACGUGGGAACAACACAUCUGUCAUGUCUGUCUGCAAUAUGUGUCAUGCAGACAUGUCAGUAGCUGACGGCUCUGAUGACAUUGAAACUAUGUGCUUAUGACUGCCAGCGUUCAUUGCAGUCUCUUCAUGAGCAUGCAAUCAUGAUCUGACUGUGAUGCGUUUUGUGGCACAGGCAGCUGCAUACGGCAAAAAAGACAGAUACCUCACCCCCCCCCCCCCCUUUUCAUGCUUUACCGAGCGCACGUGGACAGGGCAUAGGCUUUCAACAUCUAGUUGGUCUUGUGUAGGGAUCACAAUUGAAUAUGGCAGGCAAGUCAUUCAGAACGGUAUCGUUUGUGCUGUUGACUAAUGAGCGCAAGUUUUGUGUUCAUUUCUGGUAAGACAUUCUUGGACGGCUCCAUUGGAGGCACUUGUCAACUUUGCAUCUAGCUAGUGUGGAGCUAAGGUAAGUCACUAAAGGGACUGAGCACAAGGUUAGGCCCUCCUUCUGGUAACACCUGUGUGCCUGGACAAACAGCAUGACUGGGAACACCCCCUGUUCGCAUUCAAGAGUUCGUAGCAGCUUAAUAUCUAUGCCUAACAGAAAAGUUCCAUGUGGUGUUAGUACCGGUCAGCAGGCAAGCUACAUUAUGAGUGUUCACGCAUCGAGUUUAAAACUGUGUGUCAUGACAGAUUGUUGCUUUAAAGCUCUACAUUUUCUGUCGUAUGGCUCAUGGCUGUAUACAGGCAGAGAAGUCAGGUUGCGAAAUGAGUGUUGCCAGAUGUCACAAACGGAGCACAAAGACAAAAGGCUUAAGAAGGAGCUUUAGCUCUGGGCCAACUCCAAUGCCGCCUCUUCACAUAACGUACACCCGGCGAGAAAAGUUUAUGGACCAUGGGAUCUCCAAAAACAUUCAAUUCCCGAGUAGGCUGUGGCAGCAGCCAGUAAAAUUGUAUACGGCAUUGUUGUCAGCAUAUUCUACCUAGUUGAGGCCUGAAAUGCGAAUACCAGACUAUGUUGUGAGAUUGUGGAGAUAUUCAGCAUUUCCUCAGACGUCGUGCCCCACAAUAUUUUGUCGCCAGGUGUACAUGUAAAACACAAAAAUGCUUUUAUGAAGCAACUCCUUGAUAUAUAUAUGAAAUUUGCUGCAUAUUGGAACAAAACUUAGAUGUAGUGAGUGUAGGAAGUAAAAUUUUAAAAGAAAAUCAGUAAAGAUCGUAUGUAAAAAAAAAUAAAAAAGAUAUAAGCCCGUAGUUUACAGGUCAAUAACUCUGCACCAAAAACGGAUAUCGCAGUUCUGUAAACUGCAUCUGUUAGGGCAUGUGAAGCAGACAAAUCUUAUAUUUCAAUUUCUUUAGCCCCAAAGCUAAAGCUUCCUCUUAAAGGGGACAGCUCAGUCUGCCAGUAUUGUAUUUCGUUGCACUGCUCUUGGGAAAAUAUUAUUUACAGUGCGUUCCUGAAGGGCCUGCUCUGCAUAUGUUGACCCCAGCAAGGUGUCACCUUCCAGUAUGAGAUGUGCCUCUCCUCUACAUCUACAGCAACACAUCUCCUUUUUUGGUGUGUUAGCAUUAGGACUGUCAAAGUGGAAAAAGGUAUCCAUUUGUGAAGUGUUAGAAGCCAGUCACGUGGUAAACACACACGUGCACACAGAGAGAGAGAGAGAGACAGACAUAGAGAGAGAAAGCGUAACUGACUGUAGACACUCCGGGCUACCAUCAGUAGUACUUAACUCCUCGAUGAGGCAGGAUGACGUAUGUCGAGUGAGCUACCGAAGAACACUUUGCAAUCUGGCGAACAAGACAUCAAAGAGGUGCAAGGUAAUGCAAACGCAUUUCUCUCACAUUUACCACUAGAUCACCACUGAACUUUCCUUGUGCUCCACCACAAGGCCGAGCACAGAGGGUUCCUGCCAAGGGGAGCAGAAUGACAGGGCCCCUGCGCAGUGUGUGAUCAGAUGCUUUAGUGGUUGCAGACCAAUGAAUAAGCACACAUUUUUACUGCCAGUUUGUUUUAUUUUGGGUCCAUUCGAGUAGCCCUGCACUUUGUGAACUAGUUGCUGCCAGGUCAGUGCCAGCUCUUGCUUGCACAGAGCUGACUCUGUGCACUUCCUGCACAGAUCCUGCACUACCUUUCUGAUGAGGGCAAGGAAUGUCGUGAACUCGUCCUGCACAAGAGAGUGAAAUGAACGGCGACACGGAGGUGCCGCCGUGUUGUUGAACUGGUGAGGCUAACUGCGAAGUGCAGCACCUCAUGAACUGGCUCAGAAAGCACAGGCAAAUCGAAUGGACCUUGUAACAUGUGCAUUUGGAGGUUAUGCACAAGCCCGUGUUUGUGGCUGAGUGGAGCAUACGCAGAGUGGGCCCUUGUGAAAUGUACUGUAAGGAACCUCUCCCCUGCUUGUGUACCUUUAAAAACGCUGAGCUAGCGUGACGAUACUAAGGUGGCACUGCCGGGCACUUUCUCCAUGUUUUUCCUCUGUCGCCCCUUGCACUUUGUGGUGAGGCUAGUUUCUAGUCCCUCUUAUGCUCCAUGUAAAUAGGUUCCGGUGCAGGGGCUUGUCGACUGCACUUCACUUUCUCACUGUGAUGGGGGUGAUGCAUGCCCCAAUGUACUAUAGAAAUUAUGUAUAUAGUGCACAAUUCUGGUGCCACUGAAAGAGGGAGGUAACCUGAUGCACUACUCCUUGGGUGGUAGGUGCCCCAGCGAACCUUUCCCUUUGGUUCACCUGUGAAAAAACAAAAAGACAAAAGAGAGAAAGAAAAGAUGCAGUGCAUCUUAUCUUCAAUGUAAAUAUGUGUCACAGGCCUUUUGUAGCUAGCUCAGUUAGCCAAGUUCUGCAUUCCUUAGCAAGAACGUCAGCUGCAGUGCAGCAUAUAUUGUUACGUACUGAAAGCGACGCCGAUACUUGGAUGUGCGAAUGAGGAGAGGAAGAGGAAGCAGUAGAAUGGUUGCAUCAGUGAGAGCACGCAUCAUAGAUUAAAAGACCCCUCAAGUCUUUACCAAGCAUUUCUGCUUAAACAUUGUUAUGGGAAGGAAGAGCACGGUGAAUGCAAUUACAAAAUGGUUUUUGAAUGGCUGAGCCAAGAUGGAAGAGACUGUCUACACAAUCUAAUGCUUUGUCAUCUCCUCAACCACAUACCAAUUUAUGUUCACUUCAACACUAAACAUAAUGUGAUGACAUAUGUAUGCAGUAUUAAUGGGUUUGCAGAGUUGAGGAACUAGUGUUUCAUCACUUGGGCUGACAGAGCCCAUGUGGUCGUGUGGUCACCUUGAUAGCAUACUAUUCUUUCCUCCGUAAUGCUUAAUUAAGUGCAAAGAUUUGAAUCCAGCUGCUCAGUGUGAAGGGUACUGGCUAGAAUGUGCCAGACAUGUGAUGUGUGUACGGAGUGUCUGCAGAGUAUAAGCAGCUCCAGCACAACGCUAAACUAAGGCACACACUGAGUCAAUCAAGAAUGUUCGACUGCCCAUCUAAAAACGUUGCAAUGUUUUUUUAUGCUGAGAGAUGACUUCAUUGCUAAGGAAGAAGUUCAAAGGGGCCCCACAAUUCUUUCGGAACUUUGCCUUGCCUUGAGUCAAGAUACUGGCUCAAAGAGGGUGCAACUGGGCUGCAAAUACGGCUGACGUGGCAUUGUGAACAUCUAAUAACAAUGCAUAAUGUGACGGACGAACAUAGAAGAGGUGUAUAUACAUAGCUCUGUCUUCCAACUGGCUUUUAUUUGUCAGGGAAUGCACUUUUAUUUGUCGACGCAGCGCAAAGCAAACAGUUUACACCUUGCAUGAAAACACCUUUUCCUCAUCAAGAAAGACAGAAGAAGCUAUUAUUGGAGUCUGAUCAUGAAUAGCAAACAAGCUCACAUUUCCGCUCUAGUGAAGCAUUGUAAUGUUGGUAGUUUCAGCAACUUUUCUUGCAGGAAGUUUUCUUUCAUGUUUGAAUGUGUCUUUUAUUAUCAGUGACUGACUGCUAUUUAGCCAUCGUAAAUAGGGACAUAUGCAUGAUUUGAACUUGCCACCACAUUCCUGCAGUGGCCGUACCCAUCUUGCCAUAUGUUGAGAUAAUUUUCUCAGGAGAUCACCCGCUUCCCAGCACCUGUUUUACGUCUGUUGUAGCCUGAGUGUGUAAAAACCUAUGAAAAAUUACGUGUAGGUGAACAAAAUCUGCUUCUGCACUGCGUUUUAGCUUGUGAACAAAAUAUUCAGCUCCUGUCAUGGCAAGCACAGUAAUAACAGAACCACAGUGUCCGACAUCAUGUCAUGCCAUGUAUUGUAGGCAACACCACCUCUCAAUCUCAUAGGCUGUGCAGAACCGUCAGACUUGAAGUGCUUCAGCACAGAGCUGCAAACUUGAAAAGCACUGAUUAAAAGCUGAAUUUUGGUGCCCCAUUUCAUGACGUGUAUUACUAUGAGCAAGCCACGCCAAUGCUCACAGACGCUACCUUUGUUCAAGCGAAGCUUUCUUUGUCUGCCUCUCCAAGGCUUAGCGCAAAUGUGUUUCCCGCUGAGUAGAUGACGAAAUGGCAGGGAGGCUUAUGAUGAGUAGGCUUGUAUAGCCAGCUGUACUUGGCCCUACAGGCAUGCCGGUGAGAAGCUAUGUUAUGCACUGAAACAGCAAACAGUAUCAAAAUGUCCUCGCUGCAACAAAUAUCCACUUUCAGAUGCAUAAUUCUUUCAUUGAAGCAAAGUUUUCUUUACCUACCCCUCUGGGGUUUUGGCGCGUCCGCUCAAUUGGUUUCUCGCUGAAUAAAUAAACUGGGCUGAUCCUGGAGGUGGCGUAAUGAAAAUUGGGCCGAUACUACACCGGUUGCAUGGUCUCCAUGGUUGCAUGGGAGCAAGAACAUGGCAUUUGCAGCUGUGUUGUAGGACCACUCUCUCCACUCGCCCCGUCUAGCCUAUGCAAGUGAGAUUCGUUCCCUACAUUCUCCCAUACCGGACCUCGAGAAUCGUGUGAAGCAUACGUCACAGGCCCUGCCUGCAUUUUUUUCUUUUUUUUUUUGCGCCUCGCUUUUUUCUUUUUUUUCGCUGCUACGCAUUUCCACCGAUAGCGUCGCACAUUCUAGCAUGACGUGCGCUGUGCUAACGAGACAACAGCUCUGUUGUCUCGUUAGUGCAGCGCACGAUUUUGCGCGCUGUGCACAAGGAAAGAUGACUAGCAGUAUAAUUCAGUGCUACACGAAUACUGAGGCAGAACAAGUGGAUCGCAGAGCAUGAUCGCGCGCUAGAACACGGUAGAAAAUGGCAUAGUUUUUGUACCUGUGCACAUGACCGCACAAGAACAAGCAGAUGAAGCAGAGGUAUCUCUCUCUUGAUUCGGUGCGAAGUAAAACAAAAAACAUGCAGACAUUCAGUUUGUGUGCUUUAUUAUUUCUCUAAACUUCAAUUUGUAAAUUCAAGCAACAGAUUGUACAGAUAACAGAUGUUGUCUUGAAUAAUUCUCGAAGUCGCGUGUCACCACGAGCGACGUCACACUGCGGACACGAUUACGUAGGCGCAGGAACACGAUUACGUCACCGUCCGGUUUGGAGUGCGGCGGCCGCGAGUGAAGAGAGAAACGGCGUUUGGAUUGAAAUUUCAGAUCUUUCCACGGUGUGAAGCAAUGUAAUACUUUGCAGACACGAUUGUUAUUGCGCAGUACAUGCUCUGCGCUUGUCAGCUCAAAAUUGCCAGACUUGGUGAGGGGCCCUUUAACUUAGUUCUUCUAUUCAACAUCCCUUUAAUGUGCACAUGUAUCUGUUUAACACAAGCCCUCCUGACACAUCGGGUAUUGCUACGCAUCGUUGAUCUGACAUAGUGCAGACCUUUUUGAAACUCUUAUAUUAACGGCCCAGCAUUUCCAAGAUGUCACUGACCAGAGAUAAAACGAUCUACACAUGGCUGCCUCCUUGCAAUCGGGUGUAUGCGACUCGUCUUUGUGUAACCCACCAUCGUUCAGCUACCUCUGCAGAGUCUGAGUGCAGAAUCAAGAAUUUGUGUGCAAUGAAAUUAUGGGACAAGCUUGGCCUGAUGCAAUAAACUGCGUACAGCCUUUGUCAAAAGUACACGGGCUGCUCUGCACCUUCAAUGUCUGUGCUGCUCAGCUGUGCGGUGCGGUUCCCGUGGUGCUCCUGACACUCCGCCUCUCUGGAUGGCAAGUGCUUGAGUUCUUUUCAUUUCUCAGAAUGUUGGAAACUAUGGCGUACCACAUUAACUGCUUUAAGGAACUUGUAGUUAGCAUGGCGGUCGUAGGCAACAUAGUCGUAUAACUUUUAACAAAGGCUAUCUUGUACGCAUAUUCACUGUGCUUCUUUCAAAGCUUGCAAUACUUAAUCGCUCAUAGAAAUUCCUUGCUAAGCUCUGUAUUGUUGUUAAGUUGGUUCUUGCAAUCGGUGGAGUGCAUUGUUCCUUCAUUGAAGGUGCCACUAAGAAUGCAUGUGCAUAUACUUAGUUGUACAUACAACUGGAGGAGCUGACUGUUAGCCAUUGUAAUUUACCAGUGAUUAAGAAAUCACUGGAGUGGGAGAAUCCAUGAUGAGCAAAAUGAAGCUGUUGUGCUGCCUUUGCAUGUGUUGCUCUCAUACACUGUGCAGAAAAUUGUUUCCUCCAAACAAGUGAUAAAUGCGUGUCCAGCUUCUUGACAGAUGAUUGCUGUUACCUAGAAGGUGUUGAACAUUUUGUGGCAUAUCAACAGGAUACCCCUUCUUAAUACUAUGAGAGCAUGGGCCUGUAUGACGCAGUUUGUUAGUAUUUUAACUUUCAUUGGAAUAUCAUUUUUGGAAACUACUGCACUCCACAUAGUCUUGUUUGGCUGGUUAAAAAAAAAGAAACAUAGUUUGGCCGUUAACACGCGAAAAAGCUUUCACUACUUUUGUGGCUUUCUUGUCAUUUUGAAGUUGUAAAAGUAGAUGACUUUGUGUGCACUGUUUAGUAUUACGAGCACCAAACAUAUUGGGCAUGAGUAGUGUGGGACACUUGCACCGUACCUUUCAUGUUGUAAAUGUAUAUAUAUCCAAAGAAUGACCCAGCAUUCUUUUAGCAUGCAGAAACCAUGGGCAAAAGAGAUAAGGCAAGCACAGUCGGCAAUGUCUUAUCCCUUUUGUGUCUGUAGUUUCUGUCACUAAAAAAGUUUGGUCAUGGAAUACCAACUGGAUCGUUCUCUCACAUUACUAAGCUGUAGUUAAAAAACAAUAAAUGAAAGUGAGAGGGAAAUGAAGUGGCGCACAGAACGAAACAAAAUUUCAGCACUACCACUUUUAUACUUUUGUUGUUGCGUGCGUGGAUUUUGUUAGCUGUAGUGAGGUGUCGGAAAACUUGCGAGAGCUCCAUGCACAGUUACCUUAGAGAAUUGUAAAUAUACUGCUAAUAUAAGAAUGCUUCCUCGCUUUUUUUAGCAUGAAGGCAGAUUUUGUCUCUACUGAUAACUGUGACUUUGGUGGUAUUAUCUGUUUCUUAGUGUGAAUGGAAUUGAGCCCAAGAAGGUGCCAAUAUUGGCGAAGGUCAUGGUGGCUGAGUACCGUAAAUUAUCACUGCUGAGAAAAUGCACCUAAUAGCAAGAUCUUGCGUGCUUCCACAUUAUGACGCAAGCAUUGUAUUGUUGACAAUUAUGGUGUCUUUUAAAGAUGCACCUGCACAGUUGCAUGCAAAGUUUGGAGUAUGUGACAUCUGUUUUUGAGAAUGUUACUCCUAUCAAAAAAGCAAUUAAUGUUUUGUGGCCUAAGCUGCACACUGUAUUGUGUUAUUUGAGCAUCUGUGUAGUAUUGCAUAUAUUCAGGCUGUUAAUGUACUUUAUCCUUCUGUCAUAUAAAAACUGACGAGACGUGCCAGACUGCUUGAUCUCAAGGCAGUGUAUUGUGAGUGGCUGCAAAAAUGGACCAAGACAUUGAUCGCUUACCUACUCAAAUAAUAUUAACACAGGUCAUCACUCUCAAGAGUUGUGUCACACAAGCAACUUGCUUUGCAAAACGAAAAAAAAAAAAAAAAACUAUGUCUUGGCAUGUAACGAGAAACAAGGCUGCAGUUCAGCUGUCGUUGUAAAUGUCACAGUGCCAGUGACGUCACUAGGGGGGUGGAAGGUGUGAAAUGGCAAAGAAUUAUUAGUCAAAAAAGCGAAAAGGCACCGGACACCUUUCGCUGAGUGGAACAGUGUCACUGUGCGCUGACUACAAGAACAAAAAAGGUGGAAAUUUGUAGGAGGGCACCUUUAGCAUUUAGCAAAGCUUAAUGGCUUAGGGUGCUUUAGCAUGUGGAGUUAAAUGUACAUUAGAGACGUCGUCCCCGAGAGGCACAUAAAUGAAUAAAGGGAAAAUGAAACGUCGACCCCAUCGUAGCAAUUUCUGUAUGGGGUGGACGUCUCAUUUUCCCUUUAUUCAUUACUUCUCUCCACCUUGCGGGUAUCUGCAGAACUAUUUCAUCAGCUACAUAAAUUGUUUCGCAGAUACACUCACAUAGUGCUCGUUGUAACUGCUGCAGAAAUACAUCUCCGUUGGGGCUGACUGCACUGGCGAAUAAUGCAAAAUUAGCAUAAAUUUGUGUUUGAAGUUUCUAACGGAAGCUCAUUUAGAAGUAACACAUUCCACUGAGACUGUAUUCUUCUUUGCCCUAAUCGCCUACUAUUUCUGGCUUGUUAUUUUACUGUCCUUUCAAGUUUCCUCCUUCUGAGGUGCUUCUUUCAACUUCACUUAAAAAAUGCGGAUAAUUUUUUCUUGCGCAUAUACCUAUGUGGCUACAUACAUAAUGUGUACUGCAUGUGGAUAUGCAUCCACUGUACAUCCACUGUGCAUACACAUAUUUGCUACAGGUCUUUCUACAUGCUCAAAGUGUGAAUUUUUUGUGUUUUAUCUCCAUGUUUUAAUCUGGGCAUUCAUGUGACGAAAACUUUUAGCUCUGUUUAUUUCUUGAGAGUUUUUUUUUUUUUUUUGAAGUAAAGAAAUUUGCACACUCCUCUUUUUCUGCCUGUUAAUACAAAACAAACACGUAAAUAUGCGCUAUCGAUGUGAUGUCAUGCUGAAUUGGGAGUUGUGUGGAGCACUUGUUACAUUGGACAUUUUAAAAAUAACUAAAAAUUAUUCGUUGUUAGCUACAAGAAAAAAAAGGAACUCCAUGCUGAAGCAAGCCGUGAUGAUAAAAUUGUGCUUUGUUGCUUGAAACGAGACGGAAAAUGAGGGUGGGCGUCGUGGCGGGCCACUGCCCUGGGUGCCAUUGACUCUAGCGAUGCCAUGUGCCACUGUGCAGCACAUUCGUCACUUUCUGGUGUUGUCAGUCCAAGCUGCUGAGAAAUAUGUUUCUUCUUUUGUCAGUGAUGUGGUGCACAUAGUACUUUGAUCUCACAUGUACAUGGCAUAGAAAGUGGCACAUUCUGAUCUCGCGUAUACCUGAAAAUACACCAUGUGCAUGCUGUACCUUUAUUGUAGGUGUGCAUCAAUCCCUAAGAAGACGCCGAAGUGUCAUAUUGUUGAGUAUGCAGGAAAGUCGUAAUUGGUGCGGCAAAGUCGUGAAAGGAGAUGCUUAAAUUCUCCUCAGCUGGUUCCUCUCUCUAGUCAGUUUGACCUACAUGUUCUGCACCGUUUUAUUAAAUAGAGCUCUGGCUAGUGAAUUAUAAAAAGCUUUGAAUUGAGAUAUUUGGACAAAGCGGCCUCAUUGACUGUGCUGCUCAAAUGCUGGUUCGUCUCGCUAUGACUGCUUUAAUGUAAUGGUGGCUGCUGAGACGUGCACUUGUUUUCUGCAUACUACAUAUCUCAGUAAACUGAAUUUGACCAGAAAUUGGAGGAUAUUUGUGAAUUGUUUCAAAGAAGAUGCAUAACACAAGCACUUGGCUUGUGCUAUGACCAUGUGUGACCACCAUGACUUGUGAACAGAAGACACACCUGAAACUCAAAAUGAUGGCUGUCAGGUGAUGCAAGCAUGUUGCAAGAUUGUGAUCGUAUAUGCAUGGUAUUUUGAAAGCUUCAUGUAACCUACUUUCGUCAGCUGGUCUUAAGUUUGAAUCUUAGUGCUGCCCUCUUGAAAGCACUGAGUGGGUAAUAUCAGUAUGUUCUCAUCCAUGUACAUGGUGGCACUUAUAGUUUUGUUGUUUUUGGUUAAAAGUGAAAAGAAAAAAUUUAGUACGUUAUGGAGCUUGGUAAUAUGUUCUUUUUUCGUGUGUGUGUUCAUGAACAUGAAAUGUGAGAAAUAAAUUUACUAUCUACUACA